AUGGAUUCGCCGAUUGAUCCUGCUGUGGCGCCGCAGCCAACGCUCAUCUCCAGGCCCACGCCGGGAGGCAUGGUUUUGCUGUCAUCCGACGCAACGGAGGCAAACUGUCGAGGAGACCCAAAGAAGCCCACACGCUACAUGAUCUGCUGCGACCGUGACGCUAUUCGCAAGGCUCAAGGUUUCGGCAACCGCAAGACAGGCACCUCAAAGAACGAUUGUCCUUAG